AUGUCGGAAGACGGCGGCCCACAUCUUUUCCGGCCCAUCCCCCGCAGGCCCUUUGAGCUCGGCCUGAUGAGCCCGACACCCCCCGACGACGACUCUGCGCCGCCCAGCCCGACCUCCAACGCGAACGCGACCCAGGCGUCCCUGCUCGACCCCCGCGCCUUCACCGGGCCCGCGGGGGACUCCAUCAGCCGCGCCGCCUCCUACAAGAACCUGACCAGCUCCACCCUCGCCGGCAUAUACUCCCACAACAUCUCUGGCUACCCGGCCAGCGACACUGUCUACGGCUCAGAGCCCCCAGACACGCCCUGGGGCACCGGCGCCGAGACGCCCGCCACCGCCGCGAGGGGCUCCGUCGACGAGAGCAUAUACAGGCUGGUCAAGGACCGCUCCUCCCUGCUCAAAAGGCGGAGGUCCUCGGCGCUGUCGAACCGCUCGGGCCACUCGCUCCUCCAGCAGCAGCAGGGGGGCUCGCCCACGCAGACGGCGCUGUCGCUCGCCCUCCGUACGGCCUUCCUCUUCGUGCUGGGGCUGGGCUACGGCGCGAUCCUGUCGCGGCUCUCCACGGAGCAGCAGUGGGCCUCGUUCCCGGUCGAGGGGAUCAUCAGACACCGCUACGAUUCCGCCUACCUCGCCUGCUGGGGCGUCUUUGGCGUGGCCCUGGGCAGCCUGCUGCCUUGGUUUGACGGGAAGUGGGAACAGGCUUUUGAAAAGGGCGAGGAUGAGGAUGAGGAGGACUUCAAGGAAGAGGAGGAAGAGCCAGGGACCGACUGGGCCCUCGUGGUCCGUGGAGUCGGUGCCUUUGUUGGCAUUGUGUUCGCUAUUAGAAAAGUCCCCUGGGCAUCCACGAUGCAGGUGUCCAUGACACUGGCCAUGGUCAAUCCAUUUCUGUGGUACCUGAUAGACCGGUCAAAAUCUGGGUUCCUGCUGUCCGCCGCCGUCGCCUGGGCCGGCUCGGUCAUCCUCAUGGGGUUCAACCCCGACAUCGUGCCGGCGCCAUCUGGCUUUUCCUCAGAGUUUCUAAGCCGGAACCACACGGGCAACGGCGGCGGCGAACCGCUGAUGCUCGGUGGGCUGGCCACUCAAAAGACUAUAGAGACGGGGAUCUGGGUGUUGAGCGUGCUAUUUUGCAGCUGUGUCUGCUUUGGGAAUAUCGGCAGGCGGCUGGCCCUGAACAGGUCAGCGGCAGGUCGUGGUAGAUGGGGCGGGCUGAAAUGA